AUGGACUUUUCUACAUGUGUCAAACAAUACGCAAUGGAGUUGAUCGUGAUCGUCAUUAAUUGCGUGCUAGCGUUAGGAGGCGCUAUUGUACUAUAUAUGGCCAUUCAUAUACGUCAUGCUGGUUGGGAGGACGUAAUUCAUGGCUAUUGGUCCAACAUCGACAUUGCUGUGACUGCACUCAUUGUCAUUGGUAGUGUCAUCAUUGGACUGGCGGUAAUAGGCUCCAUUGCAGCAUUUUGUCGCUGGAAGUUUGUCAUCUACACGUACGGUAUUGUCAUGGUGCUACUCUUGCUUUUCUUUGUGGUCGUAGCGAUCGUCGUCUUUAUUCUGUUGGGUAAAGCCGACGACUGGAGUGACAAGACGUACCCAGCAGAGAGCAUGGAGGAGACGGUAAAAAGUGACUUUGACAAUGUCUACUGCUACGCGCAAGGCGAGUUUGUUUGCAACGAAGCGUCGGUUACUGAGACGUUGACCAUGUUUGCUCCGGAAAUCAACACGACGGUUAUGUCACUGCUUCAAAACAUUACAGGCGGUGUCAACACGUUGUGCGACGACUAUCUGGACGACUACAGACAACUCGAGAGCCUCUGCACCGCAUGUGACACGGUGUCCAAGUUCAAGAAUUACUCCACGGUCUUGGAUUGGGCGGACGACAAAUGUCCAAGAACAAAUGAGACAAUGACGUACUGUGGCCAACUUAUUGCUGGUAUUAGUACGAACAUCACAGUCGGUACGGCACCUUAUUCGCAGUGUCGUGCCAAAUUCCUAGACCUCAUUGAGGACUACUCACUGUAUCUGGGCAUCGCUAGUGUGCUCGUUUGCCUCGGAGCUCUUCUGCUCAUCAUUUUCGUGUGCUGUCUGAGUCGCAGACAGCAGAUCGGCUGCAACCACGCAGAAUCGGAUGAAUACCCGCUUACCCCGUUAGCGGAUCACACAUCAUGCGACGAAUACUCCAAGGCAUAG